AAUAAAGCAGUCCUUCCAUUUCCUUGGUGCAGUUUAAUUCGCAACAUCCUACAAGGAACAUACCUAAUUUUGCGAAAAAUUUAGCCAUACAAAUGUCGACUAAUUGUACAUUGGCGUGUUUAGUCGUAUUAAUUAUAGCGGCGACAUUCGUGAGAGGAGUGACAUUUGAGGAGGACACAACACUAACUUUAACCCAAAAGAAUCUCUUAGAAAAUUUCAAGUCGUCAAUGCUGGAUAAAGUACCGCAUGGAUACAUGAAAGAAGACAUUUUCUUGCUUAAAUGGUUGAGAUCAAGCCGAUUCGACACAGAUCUAGCCAAAUCUCGAUUAUUAAAGGAUAUCGAAUGGAGAAAAGAAAAUAAUCUGGACAAUAUUCACACCGAAAGCUUUACCGAUUUAUGGCGGGAUGGCUUCCAAUUUACAAUUGAUGGCAGAGAUAAAUCCGGAAAACCAAUAUUUUAUUUCAAUGCGGGAUCCUUUGAUCCUCGAAAAGCCAUCGUGCAAGGAAAAGCGGACCGAUUGGAGCGCUAUACUUAUCAAUCUAUCGAAGGCGGAUGCAAAUUAGUACGUGAACUUGGUCAGAAAUACGGAAACGUGACAAGAGCCGUGCUAAUAAUUAACUUUGACGGAUUUAAUCCCAUCACGCAUUCCUGCCUGCGUUGUAUUCCAGUCUUGUUAAGGAUUUUAGUCUCAUUUUUUGACCACUGGCCGGAAUGUGUUGAUUCAUUGACGGCACUUAAUGCUCCUGAAUCGCUGCUGCCACUGGUCGAAAUUUUACGUCCCGUGGUCGAUGACAUAUCCGGGAUUAGGAUUCGCCUCUUUGGAAAGAAUAGAAAACUUUGGUCGGAAGCUUUAGGGAAGGAGAUUGACCUCACAGAACUUCCCGUGUCACUUGGAGGGAGUAAAAAGCAUAAGUUAGUAGAUCCUGAUGAAUAUGAUUUGUAAUGUAUUUUAGAGAAACAUUUCUGUACAAAUUGUGUCAUAAAUUUAGUCAAAAAUAGUUUUCAGUAAAAUACGAUUUUUCGCAUGUA